AUGACAACUACAUCAUCCGCAUCCACAUCCACAUCCACACCCACAUCAUCCUACCUGGAACGCGCUGCUGAAAAGCGCGCCAGCCAACUGGCUCUCAUUCCACCCGAAUGGCGACUACCCUCGAUCCCGGCGCCCAAUUCUCAACCAGACGCACUCGGCACAAUCCGAAAUGAACUGACACCGCGCGAACUUGCUCUCACGGAAGAAACCGACAUCACAGCCCUUCUCCGCAAAUUGUCCUCGGCCGAGGUAACUUCGCUAGAAUUGACCCGGGCAUUCGCCAAGCGUGCGUCCGUGGCGCAUCAAUUGACAACAUGCUGCACGGAGAUAUUUUUUGAAGAAGCGUUCGCGACUGCGAAAUUCCUGGAUGAUCAUCUUGCGCGGACGGGGGCAACAGUUGGUCCAUUGCAUGGACUUCCUGUUUCCAUCAAGGAUUUGUUCUCUGUCAAGGGGGUUGACACUUCGAUAGCUCCUGCCGACAAAGCCGUCGCGCGUACGCUCCGUCGUCUCGGUGCAGUGUUAUAUGUGAAGACCAACCUCCCACAGUCCAUGAUGAUGUCCGAUUCGUACAAUCACGUCUUUGGACAAUGCGUCAAUCCACUCAAUCGCAGGUUAAUUUCAGGAGGUAGUUCUGGUGGGGAAUCAUCCCUCGUUGCUGCCCGGGGAAGCGCACUUGGAAUCGGAACGGAUCUGGGAGGAUCAAUUCGAAUCCCAGCUAGCUUAUGCGGAUUAUACGGUCUGUCGCCGAGUCCUGGACGACAUCCGUAUGAGCGGGGACAUCCUGGACAGGAUAUCAUCCGCUCCGUCGCCGGUCCCAUGAGUUGCAGUCUGGCGACUAUCGAACGGUAUAUGGAGGCCCUGCCUUCUGCGUUGCCCUGGGAGAUUGAUCAGCAUGUCACCCCUGUACCGUGGCGACGAAGCCUGGCGGCACUCUCAACCAGGCGAUUGAGGAUUGGAUUCUUGGUGGAUGAUGGGGUUGUCAAAGUGCAACCGCCGAUUGCUAGGGCGGUUAGUGAAGUCGUUGGCGCACUCAGAGAUGCCGGUCAUGAAGUUUUUGAAUGGGAUGCCUCAUCACAUGCCUACGCAUAUCAGCUCUGGGAAAAGGCGAUUCUUUCCGAUGGCGGCGAGGGUUGCCGGAAGAAGAUUGAGAUGACCGGAGAGCCACUGAUUGAAGGGAUGCUCGUCGGUACAGGAAAGGACCUCCUGACCACAUCUGAGACUCAUCAGUGCUGCAAAGGCAGAUCUGAUACUAAUUAUUUUGUGUUUUUGGUGCAGCUCAACGCAGACAAAUAUCUGUACGAGAGCGAAUAUCUCGAGCGUUGGGCCACGUCCAAAAUCGAUGCUUUAAUCAUGCCGAAUACACCCUGGGUUGGCUACGAACCUUGGACCUGGGUCAAGUCCAACGCUUACGUCGGAUAUACCAGUAUCUGGAACUUGUUGGGUUAUGCAGCCCUAGCAGUUCCGGCAACGAUCGUGUCGCGCGAAAAGGAUAUACCAGAUCAUGAGUGGUUGGCGCAUGUUCCGCGGAAUGCAGGAGACCAGUUCAAUAAGGAGCAGUAUGAUAUUGACUUGAUUGAUGGUAUGCCUGUUGGUGUGCAAGUGGUAGGUGGUCGAUUUGGCGAGGAGAAAUGUGUUUCGGUAGCCAAGGCUAUCGAACAGGCUAUGCGCUGGAGAAAUGGCGUUCGAACAAAGCUAUGA